AUGGUGGCCAUGUUUGAUGACAUGUUGCCUCUUGCCUCUCUGCAGCCUCAUCUUCUGACCUUGCCCCACGAUUCCACAACGCGUUUGGGCCCACCCCAGCCCUUGCAUGCCAGUGCGGCACCUGGCCAACGGAAGCUGCUAGCCCCCAUACCCCCUGCAUCCCCCCACCACCAGCUGCAGCGGAUCAAACUUGCCAGUCUCAAUGAUGCCAAGGCCUCGGACCAGACAGGCUGCUCUGUGGGCAGCCUCAGUCCUCGCAGGACCCCGCCGGCGCCCCGUACUCUGCCCUUCCUCAAUUCGCCCAUUGCCCCUGCUAUCCCCGCCCCCCCAAAGACAACCAGCCACAGACAGUUCCAGAGUAGACUACCCCGUCUCAAGAACACCAUAUCACUCAAUGGGGUCACUGCUGUGACAGAGCAAAAGUCUGUUGAGUCUCUGGCAGGGAGGCAGGAAGAAACGAGGGAGCAUAAGGAGGUGAAGAAGAGGAAAGUGACUGAGGCGAGGCAUACAAGCAAGACCCAGCCGGCCAAGAAUCUGCCAGAGUUGGCCAAACUGCGCCCACUGUCCUGUCCCGAGCAGGCCCUCCUGCAGGCCUUUACAGUGCUCAGCGACGAUGACUGGGGGAAGAAGAUCGAGGCCCUGAUCUCCAUCAGGUCUCUGGCUCAGCACCACGCCAACGUGCUGCUGCCCAGGCUGCAUGAUGUUUGUCUGGCCGUCAAUCAAGAGGUGAAGAACCUGCGCUCAGUGGUGUCCCAUGCUGCCAUGGUGACGCUGGCCCACCUGUUUGCUCACCUGGGGCAGGACAUGGAUGCGGAGGCCGAGGGCGCAGCCCGGACACUGCUGCCGAAGGCUGGAGAGUCCAGCAGCUUCAUGAAGGACAUGGAUCUGGCCCUGGGGUACAUGGUGUAUAACACCAACCCCAUCCGCAGCAUGAACGCUCUCAUCAACGGAGGGCUCAGUCACAAACAUACAGCCGUGAGGAAGAGCACUGCACGGCACCUGGAGAAAGUGACGGAGGUCAUAGGGGCAGCUCGUCUCCUGUCCGGCAAAAACGACCUGACUGCCCGCUUCAUCCAUACUGCCAGCUGCUUGGCCCUUGACAACACACUGGAAGUCAGGAAUCAGGCCCGUAACAUUCUGUCUGUAGUGGCCUCCCAUCCCGACCUCAUCAAGAUGGUGGAAAGGUUCGCCCCUCUGAGUGAUCAAAUCCGCAUGAAGGACUUUAUUAACAAAUGCCAGAAAAGACCUUCGCCUUGAAGUGGACAUCAGAGCCAGGGCGAGACAGGGCAUCCACAGGGUCACAGACACACAACACAACCAAAACACACACACACACACACACACACACACACACACACACACACACACACACACACACACACACAC